UUUCUCGAUUCGAUAUCUCAGUCGUGACCCGAGUCACUGCGUUCGGCGGCAACUCUGCAAUCGGCAUGUCAGUUAGCGCCGCGCUGUGAAUGUGAACGCGCGUUCCGUUACAAUAACUUUGACAAUCCCGUGCGCAUUAAGUGUAUAAACUAAUAAGUGCAUAAUUUAAAUUUAUCAAACGAAUCCUAUAGUGUUGUGACAGUGCAACGACUUUAAAAAAUAUUGCCUGCCGAUACUGACGCGUGGCGAUAAAUCCAAUCUAGGCCCAACUCGAAGUGGUCAGUGGCAGCUCGCAAGAGUUUGGUAAAAGUGAGUGUGUGUGUGAACGCUAAUGGUUUAACUGGUACUUGAGAGCUUUUGUUUUUGAACACCUGUGGUAAACAUCUUCAUUGCAAAUGUUGAAAUUGGAGGCUCCUGAAGUACGGAUGUCGUUAGCGAUGCCCCCCCGCGCGCCUGACCCCGCCGCGCUCUCAGCCUACUGGGCCGAGUAUGAGGACAUCUACCGGCAGAUCAGCGGAACUACCCACAACGAUGACGAAGAGAACCACUAUGAAGAAGGUGAAUUGGAGACGGAAUGGCUGCAGGCCGCCGGGCUGGGAUCGCUGGCCGCUCCGUUCCAGGCGGGCCUGGAGGUGACGGAGGCUCAGCUGGGGGAGGCUGUGAGGCCUCUACCCCGCGAGCAGGCGGCCGCUGUACGCCGCCGCGUGCGCAGGCUCAACAGGACCGUGAGGAAGCGCCGAGCAGCCUCCAGGGCUAGGAAGCCAGAUAUACGAGACGUGUUUCGCGAUUUAGAGAACUCGAGUGGCAGCGAGCCGCGGUCGCGCAGCGCGACUCCCGACUCCCUGGACUCGCUGCCCAGCGCCGGCUCGGGCUCGGGCUCCGGCUCACCGCCCACCGAGUGGGCAGACGCCACCACGCCGCCCGACUUUGUUGACAGUUACCCCGCGGACACACACUCGCCUGUGGCCCGCACUCCCUCCGCCCCCGCGAGCCGCCGUGUCCGCCUCUCCCCGCCGGCGCCCGCGCUUCAUUCCCCGCCGCGCGCGGUUCACGAGCUCUUCAAACCGAACGACCUGCAUUGGGCAGAUAUCGCCUCUAACACUGAAGGAAUAGAACUCCUGGGGUACCAGAGGUAUGGCACAGUGCAAGGACCUCGAAUUGGAAAGGAACGAAUCAAUGGAUCUAUUCUCAAAGACAACGACCCUUUUAUGAAACAUGCACCAGUGUCUCGCACCAAGAGCGCCGUGGCCACUCCGCAACCGCUCAGCUUCGAACACAAGUUCAACCUCGACCGACAGAUGCUCAAUAACAACGAGGAUUGGCCCGAAGCUGACAGCACGGUGGACAUCGAGAGUGUCGGAGAGUCCCAGCUCAAGAAGCUGACGCCGCUGCUGUGGCUGCAGCUGACCGCCCUCUUCGACAAAUACUCGCUGCCGUUUCACAAACGAAAAUCACCCAAAAAGAAACGGAAAGAAGAGGGUGCAGUAUUCGGAGUUGCGUUGGAGACGCUACUUCGCAAAGACAUGAUCCUCUGGGAGGAGACUUGGAGCUCAGUUCCCGCGAUACUCCGAACAAUAUCCUCGUCACUGCGAACCAAGACGAUGGAUGAGGGAUUGUUGCGAGUGCCAGGAAACAAGCAUAAGGUUGAGUCGCUGUGCCAGCUGAUCGAGCGUCACUGGUACUCGGACCGCAGCGACGUGGAGGCGGCCCUGGCCCGCGCGUCCGGCCACGACCUGGCCGCCGUUUUCAAGAGGCUGCUGCGCUCACUUCCGCAGCCGCCGCUCACCCAGGAGCUGAUGCGGCUCUUCUACCAGACCUACUCGCUGUCGGGCAGCACGCAAGGCCUGGCUCUGAACCUGCUGGUGCUGUUGCUGCCGGCGGAGCAGCGCGCCACGCUGCGGGAGGUGCUGCGACUGGUGGCCGCCAUCACGGAGCACAGCCACGCCAACAAGAUGAGCGACCACAACGUGGCCAUGAUCAUAGCGCCCGCACUCUUCCCGCCCAGCCUACUCAUCAAAUCGUCAGACAGCUUGGAGACGCAACUGGCGACGGCUGCUAACAGUUGCCACGUGACGGAAGCCUUGAUGAGGUGGAGCGACCAGCUGUGGAAGGUACCAGCGUCGCUGCUCGCGGCCGCUCAGAGGAAACCUCACCAGCUGCGGCGGAACAACCACACCUGAGCUGUACCGGUCGCGAUAGAUCUAUGGAAUAGACGGAAUGAAACACCAGCGAAGACACGACCAAUCCUCGGUAGAGAAUUAUCUGUGUUUCUAUAACAGUUACUUUUUAGGUUAUAUGAGCUGAUAUUUAUUGAAUUAUUACGUGCCUAUUGUAUACCACUUCGGCCAUGUAUCUGUUGUGAAAAGCAGCUAUUCCGAAGAGUGUUUGAUUAUAUUGGUGUUUAUAAGUUAAAGGGGCUAUUUUAUGAUAGUAAAACCAUUUGACUUUAAGCAACUGAUGCUAUCAAUAAAUUGUGAAUUAUAUAUUUUAUAGUUUUUAAUAUUGACCGUGAUUGUAGUAUAUUAGGUGAUUUUAUAGCCAGAAAAAUAGUUUUAUUAUUUACCUACCAUUAAUCGAUAUCUGGCUUGACCCAUAAUAUUGUAUUACUAAGUGUGAUACAAGGAGUAAGAUCUAAAGUAUUGUGAGAAGAACCAGUUCCAAAUAGACAGAUAUGGAUAGCUGUUAGUUGUGGUGCUCAAAUGUUGAAUGUGCUGUGUUUAUAGAGUGAUAAUUAUAAUCUUAUGUUAUUUUAGUAGAGUGUUACGGAUGAUCUUAGAUUUCUUUGAAAUUGAACAUUUUAAUGUGUUUUCGAUUAAUGUUGUAAUUUUAACAGAAAAUUUAAUUCGCAUACCUUUUAAUAUAACUUUUACAAGAUCACCCGUAAUCAUACAAAUGUGAAUAAGAUGCCAAAUAUUCAUUAUUAUUGUGUUUAUUUUAGUCUGUAUAAUAUUUCGAUUACCGAGGCUAGACCAGCUUCCAUAUGACAGCGGCGGGGACCACAGUUAUUCAGACAUGGUUAGGCGCAUUCUUGUGAACUCAGAAUCUUAUUAAGAUUAACCUCUACUUUGAGCAAUUCAUUACGUGUCAUACGAAUCGCGAGUGUAGACGUAGCUUGUCAGUACACUCAGUUAAUAAACUUCGCCUGUUUUUAUCGGUUGUCUAACAGCAAGAGAGAUAAAUGAAUUAAGCUAACAAUAAUAAUUGUCAACUAUCACAAUAUAAUUUAUUGGUUUUCAUUUAUAACCUCUUUCAUAUAAACCGUUAUUCUGUGUUACUGUCUCUUUGAAUAUUCAUUCAAUAAAGUGAAAAACACUUAUUCAUUAUCAAUAUAAAAACUUAGAAUGCUCAAUUAUUUUAGUUGUUAAAUUGUAUGUAUUCUUUUUCUUGAAGCAGAUAUUCUAUCUAUUACAUAUUAUGUAACUUAUCUACUCACUACUGUAUUUAUAUUAUCUUUCGAAAAUACCUGCACAAUAUUUUUGGUAUUUAACCCUCGAUAUGACAUCAAUUGCAUGUAUCUGAACUUGAAACUGACGACGGCGCGGUCGUGUGUCGCCAUGUUUAAGAAGACACGUUUGACAGUUCAACAGAAAUCAAAGAGGACAGAAGUACCUACUGUCAACUGUUAGUUUUAUUUAUUGCACAGGACAAGAUGUCUGAACUGUGGUUUAUGUUGCUAAAAUUAUCUUCUGUAUGUUGGAAUGGUACCAGUCUAAGAUUAUUUAUACGUCUAGAUCGACUGUGAAAAUGUGGAAAAAAAUAGUGUUUAACUGUGAACUUCUAUUUUGAGCAAAGCACUCACGUUACUGUGUAAGACGUCUGAUGUAGCUUGUCACGUAUAUUAAUGUAAUAAACCUAAUAGCAAGAGGCACUAUCUAGACGUAUAAAUUAUCUAAGGUACCAAUAAUGAACAAAUGCAAUAUUGAUUGUAAAUAUAUUCCAUCUUAUCAAUUGAAUAGGUAAGCAAAGACUGACUGUGUAUAUUAAUGUUUAAUUAUUUUUAAGUGUAUUUACUUUCUCAAAUAAAAUGUAUUACCCAAA